GGGGGUUUCCAUCAUGGCGUCAAUGCAGAAAAGAUUACAGAAAGAACUAAUGGCAUUGCAAAAUGACCCACCCCCAGGAAUGACUUUAAAUGAGAAGAGUGUGCAAAAUUCAAUUACACAAUGGAUUGUAGACAUGGAAGGCGCUCCUGGCACAUUAUAUGAAGGGGAGAAAUUUCAGCUUCUCUUCAAGUUCAGCAGUCGUUAUCCUUUUGAUUCACCUCAGGUUAUGUUCACUGGUGAAAAUAUUCCAGUUCAUCCUCACGUUUACAGCAAUGGACACAUUUGUCUAUCGAUUCUGACAGAAGACUGGUCUCCAGCUCUUUCUGUGCAGUCAGUUUGUCUUAGCAUCAUCAGCAUGCUUUCCAGUUGCAAAGAAAAGAGGCGGCCUCCUGAUAAUUCAUUUUAUGUAAGGACGUGUAAUAAAAAUCCAAAGAAAACAAAAUGGUGGUAUCAUGAUGAUACAUGUUGAUGGUUCAGAAUCUUGAUCUUAGUAGAGGGAAAAGUACUGCUGAGUCCAAAAGCACUUUGAUCAGUCAAUCUUCGAACUUUAACAGAAACUUGCCGGCAGGCACUGAAGACUACUUCCUUCACUGCAUUUUUACUGGUGUACAUCUGGGCACAUGCUGAUAGCUGGUUAAGUCCCUGCAACUGACCCUAUUUGGUUUAUUAACAGUAUUAAUGCAGCACUUAGGAAGAAACGUUAUAAUUUUAACAAUAAACCAUCUCUUUAUUUUUUUGUGUGAGGAGAUACCUUGUGAGAAGGUUUAAAGCCCUCCUACAUUGUGCAAUAAAUAGAUACUGAUGCAUGUUUGGAGAUUUACAACAGAAAGAAAUCUGUGCAAUAAAACUUACGGGAUCCAUUUUUAAUUGACAUUUGCAAUUUUAUUAUUGUACUAAAUUUAAUGCAUUAUGGUCAAAUGGCAGGGUAUGUAAAAACUUGUGGCAUGUUUAGGCUGCAACAAAUUUCAUUUAAUGAAGCAUUCCAGAACAGGAAAAUUUUGAAUAUCAUUUGUCUCAUUUACAAAAAUAUAUUUAAUUUAUUGUACUUGAGUUGAGCCAAAUUGCCUUUUGAGCAAUAUAUUCUUUGUCGGGAUUUUUCGGGGUCAUUGACUAGUCUUCAGUGUGGGCCCUUUUGCUCCUAUUCUUUUCAAAAUGGACAGUUUAAACUGGAACACAUCCAUUAUGUAUUGCUUCAUAUUAAUUUUUUUUCUUCAGUGUCACAUUUUUGUUAUCAUACUUGAAGCUUCUAAUAUGAAAUAUAUUUUGAAUGAAAAGCU